AUGGCGAGGGUCCACAUGGAUUGCAUUCGAGAGGAGCACAGGCGCCAUUGCUUCAUCGUGAGCGACGCUGACCUUCAGAGGUUCGAGAAUGGCGCCGCCGCCAUAUUGUCCUCGAGGACCUUCCACCACCAGCCGAAGACGAUCCCGACCGUUGUCUUCUUGGGAACGCUCUGCCCCCAGGGGGCAUCCAAGACGGUCAUAUGCCAGAGACAGGCGAGCUACUACGGCAUCUGCUCCUAUCACUUGGAGGAUCUGAAGAGCGACAGGCAGAAGACCAAGCACAAGGUCCAUGAUGAUGUCGAGAUGGAGCGCAUGGCUGGCGUUAGCCAGAAGCUUUACAUGAUCGAGCUGCGCCAGUCCGCGGGAAUCACUCCGAUGGCGAUCACGUGCGUUGGCACGACCACGAACAAGGUGCACGUCAUCUUCGACAGUCGCACCGCCGCGCCUUGCGUGCAGACCGCUCCGAAUGUCUUCAAGCCGUCGCAUGCGCCAGAGAAGCAAGCCAUUGCCGACGGCGCGGUCGACGCUGCUGCAUCAGGACCGUCGGGACAGUCGUGGUCAGACUUGGCCGCGCGAGUGGAGGCGCAGAACUUGAGGUCGAUCAAGUGGAGCGGGUAUGGGUCGCUAAAGAAGGGCGAGCGUCGUGGUGACGGCAGGAGCAUCGAGUACGACGGCCCAUACCCUGAGGUCAAGGACGUGUGGGAUAUGUUCCGGUGGCCGAUGGACUACUUCGGUGCGGCGGACGUGUCCAUCGGCCUCAACGAGGCGCUCCGGCAUGCGAACCAGGAUGACGGGCUGCAGUGCACAGUUGAUGGCACUGGCGCAGCCUUGACCAGAUUCGUGCACAACAUGACCAUCACCAAGGUGGGCCUCGGUUGGGCGGGCGUGGACGCCCCAGGGACUGCGUUGGCCAUGAUGAGUUGCCAAUUGUUGCAGUACUUCAAGAAGCACUACCCGGGUAAGCACGUGCCCGAUCAGGAGAGCAACGCUAUCAUGCCCACCAUCGAGUACGCCGUGGAGAUCGAUCACGAGAAGAAGGCAGAGCUGCGGCUGUCACCGCACGCGCCGAGGUGCAUGUUCAGCGACUACGAGGACUUCUGGAAGGUGGAGAUCAAGUCGACGAUCAAUCGUCUGAAAUCGGAGGGCCAGAAGGUGAAUUUGAACUCCAUCCUCCCGCUCAUUCUCAGCGAUCGUGCUGUGAACGCGAAGGCGAAGUGCAGCAAGUGCAACAAAGACUGCAUUAUGGAGUACGUUGACAUUCACGUGGCAGGCGUCUCCUGCAAGCCCUUCUCAAAGUUCGGCAAGCGGGAAGCCCUGGAGUCCGAUGAUCACAUGAGCGCAUUUGGAGCCUGGGCUGGGACUGUGCGGUAUACGAAGCCCAAGGUGGUCGUCUUCGAGAACUCGGACAGGUUCAGGGAGCAGACUCUCAUCACCUUGUUCGGAGACAUGUACGCCAUCGAAUGUUUGAAGUUGGGCGGGCCGUUCUUCGGCUGGGCAGGGAAGCGCGACAGGAUCUACGCAGUCAUGGUCAACAAGGAGUUCGUCACCGGGGUGGUGUUCAGCAUGAAGAACGUGCUCCCGUUGUUCCACAGGGUUCUGAAGUGUACGUUCCUGGAGUUCUUGGUGGCGGAUAAGGACGGUCGCUUGGGGGACAACUUGGCCGACGAGCUGGCAUGGGCGUCCAACCGACCCACUUCGAGGGCGCAGCACAAGUACGACACCGUGCACGACCUGAUCAACGCGUCGUCGGAGCCAUACUACGACGCACUGACGUUCGGCGAGCUCAAGUUCCUGGACGAGUACACGCUGAAGGGCAUCGCUGACGGGCGCGCGGUGAUGCUCAAUCAAAGUGAGGAACGCGGCUACGGCAUCAAGAGCAGCGAGGACGGGAUCUUGCAUCCGCUCAUCGCCAACCCAGCCCUGCAUUUCGUGGUGAGCAAUGCGAAGGGCAUCAAGAGGUGGAUCACGGGCUACGAGAUGCUGGUGUGCCAGGGCUUCCCCGUGCUCAACGAGCUGAGCAACCCUUGUGGAGAUUGCGUGAGGACGUGCAGCUAUGGGAGGCUGGUGGGAGACAAUGACCUUCCGCAGCGACACCGCAAAGACAUGGUGGUCGCAGCAGGUGACAGCAUGCAAGUCCCAGUGAUUGGCGCGGUGCUCUGCUACGUUCUCCUCUGCGUGCGGUUCGGCGACACGUACCCGAAGCAGAAGGCAAUCGUUGGGGACUUGGAGGUUCAGAGGAUGCGCCCGGAGGCCAGCGACCCGUUCGACUCGCUGGGCGAGAUUUUCAAGAACAAGGAGCGCAGGAGCGGCAAGAAGCGCAGGCUCUCGUAG